UUCCCACAAUACACCCGGUGGAAUUCACCUGUUGCAAAUCAAAACAAACCAGUGUGGUGUUGGUUAUAUCCUAUGAUGUUGUCCACUAUAUACAUGAUAUACUACAGUAACAUGAGCCAAAUUAAAAAAAAUUCUAACUAAGAAAAUCAAUGAAGACUUUGAACAUGUUGAAAGCUUUUAACUCAGUCGAACAUUGGUGUUAAUACAAUAUGAACAUCAAGCUGUAGGGAGCCAUACCAGCUAUACUAUAAAAGUUUCAAUUUUUGGGAGCGGAGAUUAUGCCGAUAGGAGCCAUACCAUUCCCGUUCGGGAAGUGCAAGAUCUGUAAAGAUAAAGCUACUGGUGUCCAUUAUGGGGUGGCUACAUGUGAAGGUUGUAAGGGAUUUUUCAAGAGAAGCAUCCCAAAAGCACAUAAAUAUAAGUGUUUUUUCGGAGGACAAUGUGAUAUUUCACCAAAGAAUCGGAAUAGAUGUAAAUCAUGCAGGUUUAAUAUGUGUCUUCAAUUUGGAAUGUCUAUUGAUGCCGUAAAGAUGGGCAGAAUUCCAAAGACAGAGAAGGAGAAAGCCUUGGCUGAAGCUGCAGAUGAGACAACACCUGACCAGAUUAAUAACUUUCUUCAAAGUGAAGAACAUAGUUCUUCUUUCUCUCAAAACGUUUGUUCUAUGGAACAGAGACACUCUUUUACCUCCCAAAAGGUAUGUGCUGUGAUCCCUCAAUCAUUAGAACGAAACUUUGAAGAGGGAAAUCAUAUGCAUGUUCAACACAUGAAUACUUUAGAAAAUGGUGAGAUAGAAACAAAUUCAAGAGUGCUAAAUCAUCAUGACUUUCAUGAAAGAUCUGAAAUUGAACAGAACUUCAAAGAGAGAUUACAAAAUUGUCAGGAAUUUCAAGAAAAAUCACAAAACGAUAGGAAUUUUGAGAACUGGAGAAAUCCAAGGAAUUCAGCAAAUGAAAAUUGUCAAAAUUUACCUAUGGAUUUUCAAAAGACUGAAUUUUCCGAGAUGUCAUGGCAAACAUUGCAGAAAGGGCAUAUACCAGCGCUACAGAAUCCAUCAUCACAGCACAAUUCCACUAGUAGUAUAAAUUCAUUAUCGCAGCGCCAUUCCACUGAUGAUAUAAAUCCAUUAUCGCAGCGCCAUUCCACUGAUGAUAUAAUUCCAUCAUCCUUUAGUGCAGUUAGUGAAACUUGUGAUAAAAACAUGCAUGAAUCAAAUUCUCAAAAUGGACAGUCUUUCUCAAACAAUCAUGAUGUUCUACGACCAUCCACAUUUUCUUCUCCUAAUUCAGAUGUCCAAAUGACCACAUGUGGUCCUAACAUACCUUCUACUUCUAAGGUGCAUUUUAGCUCAAUAGUGAUAGAAGAACUCGUUAGACAGGUUCUUGAAAAACCUGAGGUGACCCAGAUACUUCACGAACGAUCAAACAGCCUGUCCAGUAAGAGUUCAACGUCUAUUGGCGAAGGACAACUAGAUGCAUUGAGAUUGGCAGAAGUUUCGUCGCCCAAUGAAGACAACACUAACAAUGCUGUUACGUAUAAUAUGUUUGAUGCUGAAAAUCUGGCGAGCAGGCAAAUAGGAAAUGUUCAACAAAUAAACUUUGACAUGAACGGAACUGAAGUUGAAAAAUCUGAGGAAGUAGCGAAAGAAUCUAAAGAGCUGAUCGAUGUGACCUUGGAAAGAUUUAAAGCACCAGUCGAUCUUCUGUUUCAUUAUCAAGCCUUUAACAAGGAGUGUUAUAAAAAGUAUAAGAGUGGUGAGUGGAAAGUUCCUAUGACAAACACAGACAGGGAAGAAUUGAAAUUCAUUUGGAACCAACUGAUGGAAGGAGUAAAAUAUUACAAUGAACAAGUUAUGGGCUUUGCCAGUAAGACUCCAGGAUUUUCUAAAUUUACCAUGGCUGACCAAGAAAAACUAACAAUGAAUGCCUAUAUGGAAAUCUGGAUGAUGAUAAAUUCAGAGUUUUUGUGUGAGAAUGAAUCUUAUGUGCUGUUAAACAACACAAAGGUGUUUUAUUCCAAGGCUACGAUGAAGAUGAUACUUGGUGAAGAGUUGACAACGCUGAUGUUAGAUUUUGGCAGGAAGUUUAGUCAGUACAACUUGUCUGAUACUGAGAUUGGUUUAUUGAGUGCUAUAAGACUGACUAAUCCAGAUGUUGAGAAUUUGGAAGAAAAAGACAAAGUAGAACUCCUGAACUCUCACUUUCUGGAUAUUUUUGCCAGUAUGUUCAACAAGAGGCCCCACAGUAGCAGAAUGGCAUUGUCUCUGUUCCAGUACAUGUCUGUAUUAAAAACAAUUACCCAGCUUCAACAGGAGGCCAUCUUUAACUUUAGCUUGGAUAGUCCACCCGUAGAAGUUGUAACUGAAAUUGAAGUGACCCCAACAUGAUGUAUAAGAACAAGAUGAGAUAUAAGAUGGAUCAGCGCUACAGAAUUUUUACCAAAGAUUUUGACAAAAAACAACGAAGACUUUUAAGUUCCUUUAUAAAUGGUAUUGUUUUAUCUACUAUGACAGUAUGAUGUAAUAGCAGCUGCUAAAAAUACAGAAUUUCUGACCUUAGUAACUUACCUAUUUUAUAGGUAGUAAACCCUAAACACACAUUUGGUUCUUGUUUAACCUCUAUGGUGCCUUGUUUUUUAGUGAGUUUUGUGAUAACUUUUUUGCAAAAAGGGAGAUAAUUCAAUGAAGAAAGUUAUCAACAUAUAAAUACAUAUCGACAAUCAAAAUCUUUUUCCAUAACUUAUUGCUCAAAAGUAUAAAAAUGACUUGUGUCUUACAAUAUUAUUUUGCUAACAGUAUUGUUUAAAUAUUUAUUAAUGAUUAGCAGAUGUUAGAGAACUCAGGACCUAUAUGGCUGCAUUGGUUUCCAUGGCAUUAACUAAUUUUACAAACUCAAUAAACCAGAUCAUUAAAAGUGAAAUAUGUGGCUAGAUGUGCCUCAUUUUGUUUUGAAAUCAGUUGUUUUCUCAAAAAGAUGAUGAAAACUUUUGAGAGAAAACUUUGCACAUGUAGUCUAUAGUCUCUUUCAAAAACUGAUAUCUAGAAUCAUUAAUUUCAGAGGAGGAUUUAGGGGGGGGGGGGUUGGCUGGCCCUCCCCUUUUGAUAAAAACAUUUGGUUGCUUAUAUAGGGAAUAACUGAAGCAUGACGAGAUCAGGCCCCCUCUUAGGCAGCCAGUGGGCCCCCACUUAUGAAAAUUUCUGGAUCUGCCACUGAAUUUUACCCCAAAACUACAAUUUGGAGUUUUUUUUCCUUUUUAAUAAGUAGAACUACUUUAUUACAGUAAUACUCAAUCAAGAGUCAAGGCUAAAUGCUUAGUGUUUUCAAUCCCUGUUUAGUUAAGAGAUAUUACUUUGUUAAGAUGAGUUUCAAAAUUAUUAAAGGUCUAUUUUAUCUCCUAAAAUACUUGUAAUCAAACUGGUUUAUAAACCUGGAAACUUUUAAAAAUUAACUCACUGUUUAUUGUAUUACUUCUACUGGUUGCUCUGUAUUAUUUAAACCAGUUAACUUUCCUACAAGGGAGAUCAUUUGUAUUUUGUUUGUAAUUUUAAAUCAGAUUAUUGGGUUUUUCAGAGUGAGUUUCUUGGAAGCUUUUUCGGAAGUGGUUCACUUGUCGUGAAUGUUAUAACAGAAAGGAGCAAUUUAAUAAGUAAAAAUUUUUCUUUUCUAAAAACUGGUUAAGUUUUUUUUAUUUAAGAAACAAAAGGUGUUUCAGAUUUUAUAUUAAAAUACUGUAUCGGCAUAUGUGUAGUUUGUAUAAAAUGAAAACAUAUUGUUGUUCGUUAUUAAAGGUAAAUUUUGUAAAAAGGUUUCUGAUGUUGUUUUUUCUACGGUCAGGUUGUUGUCUCUUUGACACAUCCCCCAUUUCUAUUCUCAAUUUGAUUUAAUACCUAAAGUUUUCGUUAGGAAUAACUGCCUUUAUACAUAUACCAAGACGACUAUCCACAAUAGAUAUAUCAUCAUUUAGCCUUUAACAAUUGGCCUAAUCUCAUAUAAUGUAGUCAUCUAUAAAAAUGACCUGCCAAGAUAAAAUUGCAAACAAUUCAAACCUCAUAUAUGACUUAUUUUAAGAAAAAUCAAAUAGUAAUAUAUAGACAUUCAACAAAUAAACAACUUUAAUAAUCUAACAAUAAUGUUUCUGCAUGUAUGUGAACAAAAUCAAUGUUUUACUACCUUAAACAAAUGUGGACACAGAUUAGUGUGGACAGUAUGUUUGGAUGCUAGUUAGCAACCUUAAAACAUAUUGGUCCUAAGUUAGACAACUCUUACCAUCAAUGUUUUGCUCAAGUGGCAAGGUUAUAUGGUUAAAUGUGUGUUGCCAAAUAAACAGCUUUAACUGCCUUAAUCAAAUGUACAUUCCAGUGCAAAUAUGUGAUUUCACAAUUUUUGAUUUAAUAUUUUAGGUUUAAAUAGUAUUUUUGUUAAUGAUAAAUGUUUGUUGAAAUUUUGUUAUAUUUUAUCAGGAACUAUGUACAGUCAGUUACUUUAUUAAUUUAUGAUUUAUUUAUUUUUUUAUUAUCGGUAUGUAUUAUCAAUGAAAUACUUAUAUUUUAUAUAAGUGGCAAUUUUAGAUUGUUUAUAGCAAUUAUACAGUGUGUCUCAUAUUGUCUUAUUUCAUAACCCAAAAACUUGUUUUAAAAAUAUAAAUUAUGUCAUGCAUCAUUAAUAGAGGGUUGGAAGAACCUUUUACAAUACGUCAGGAUUCUGGAUUUACACUUGUAUUAAUUUCAAGAAUGCUUUUUUUUUUAAGGUUUCAAAUUUGAAUUCAUCUGUAAAUUUCACUUGAAAUUGUACUUUUCUCUAUUCUUUAUUUUUGUGGUUCAUUAUUUCGUAAAUUUUUCCUAUUUUUCUAUUCUGUGUCAACAUUAUUUAUUGUAUUUCUAUUAGAGAUGUAGUAUUUUUACUUCUUGUUUGAUAAAUAUUUCCACUAUAUUUUUAUAUUGUUCAAAGUGUCUUAAUUUCAUUGAAGAGAAAAAUUGAUACUUCAAUUUAAGGGACGACAUCAAAAGUUCAAUGUAGAAUAAAAAACUUAAUUUGGGAAAAAUUCUGCACCCCUCUUAACUUAAUUUGGGAAAAAUUGAUUUACCAAUAGAGAUAUAUGUAAAAAUCGAUUAUAGAUAUACAAAACUUGCAGAAUUUUAACCCCACCCACCCACCCCACCACCCCCAAACUAUUUGAUUUAAGUUUUUAUAUCCUACAUCGAACUCUUGAUGUCGUCCCUAAUAUAUAAUAUUUUUUUAUGCUGAUAGUGCAAUGUUUAUAUUAUUAUGUAUUAUUGUUUAAGUAUUUCAAAGGUAGAUAACCCAGGCUAUAAUGUUUUAAAUCAUGUUUUAUUAAUGACAAUCAAUAAUGUUUGUGCCUUGGUAUUUUUUAUAAAGUAUUUUGUGUUUUUAUGCCCCAUUUAUGGGCAUUAUGUUUUCUGGUCUGUGCGUCCAUUCGUCCCACUUCAGGUUUAAGUUUUUGAUGAAGUUAAAGUCUAAUCAACUUGAAACUUAGUAAAUAUGUUCCCUAUGAUAUGAUCUCUCUAAUGUUAAUGCCAAAUUAGAGUUUUAUCCCAUUUUCACGGUCCACUAAACAUAGAAAAUGAUAGUGUAGAUGGGUCAUCCGUGUACUUGGGACACAUUCUUGUUUAUUAUUCUAUAAAAUUUAUAAUUAUUGAUACAAUAUUUUACACCCUGCCUAGCUUUAUUAGAAGGGGGUAUUUUGUUUCUGUUAGGUUUGUGAUUCUCUUCGUCAGUUCAUAUGUCGUGUAUCAUUGUUGUUUCAUUCAGGUGUGCUUGCCGCGAUGCGAUAUAGCCUUUUUGUGCUCAUGCGGCGUAAAGCAACCAACAAUCAAUCAAUCAUUGAGGUGUGAACUUUUUGUCUGUAAGACAUGCCAAACAAGUAUUUGUCGUAGAUGUUGUGCUUCACUGAACAUGAAACAACAUUAUAUCCUAUGGAUAUGUUUCUGACCUUACUAUUAUUUGGACCAUGACCAUAUGGGUAUACUCAUAUGGUACAGCCCAAUGAGUUUUAUACUCAUUAUUUGGACCAUGACCAUAUGGGUAUACUCAUAUGGUACGGCCCUAUGAGUUUUAUACUCAUUAAUUGGACCAUGACCAUAUGGGUAUACUCAUAUGGUACGGCCCUAUGAGUUUUAUACUCAUUAAUUGGACCAUGACCAUAUGGGUAUACUCAUAUGGUACGGCCCUAUGAGUUUUAUACUCAUUAUUUGGACCAUGACCAUAUGGGUAUACUCAUAUGGUACGGCCCUAUGAGUUUUAUACUCAUUAAUUGGACCAUGACCAUAUGGGUAUACUCAUAUAGUACGGCCCUAUUAGUUUUAUACUCAUUAUUUGGACCAUGACCAUAUGGGUAUACUCAUAUGGUACGGCCCUAUGAGUUUUAUACUCAUUAAUUGGACCAUGACCAUAUGGGUAUACUCAUAUGGUACGGCCCUAUGAGUUUUAUACUCAUUUAGUUUUUAAAGACCCAAUAUUCAAACCAUAUAGGUAUUUUUUAAAUCAAUUCGUCGUCCUGAACAUGCAUGAAAUAUUUGCCACUGGGCAUUGAGCAAUAAACAAUCAAUCAAUCAAUCAAUCAAAUAAAUUUUAACUACCUCCACAGGAACAUGUGUACAGCUCCUUCUGUGAAGCAAAAUUGGCACAAGUUACUAACUGAAAGCAUUAUUUUUUAUGUGUUUUCUCAAACUUGAUGAAUCUAUUAUCUUGCUUUCACUGGAGUCAAUUUAAAGUGCCUUAAUUUAUCCUAUUGGCUUUCGUCUAUAAGUAAAACCAAAGCGGUUUAGGAAAUACACUUUUUCUGAAUUUUUUUAAAUCUUCUAAAUUAUUUAUCAUGCUUAUUAUUCACUGAAUUGAUAUGUUCUUAUGUUUGAUAUGUUACUCUCAUACAUCAAAUAUAGUUGACAAUCAUGAAAUUAAAUCAAUGUGAAGUAGACAAGAAUGGGCUAAAACACAAUCAUUUCUAGAUUUGCAGUAAAUAUGUUGAAUUGUUUAAAUGCUCAAACAUUUUGAUAUGUAAAUGAGAGAGGGGGGACAGGACCUUUAUUGGGACUCGGGGAUCGGGUGUUUUUAAGCUCCGGAUUUCGGGAUUGAC